CGAGUAUAUUACACCUAUUCUUAAGUAGUUUGUAUCAUCGUGUAGCUUCUAGAAACGCAUUAUAAUAAAAUAUGGCAACCCUAUUGUUUAGAUGUUUGAUUUGUAUCUUGUAUGUAACACUUCUGGAAAUUUGUUCGAAUAAAUUGAAUGUGAAUUAGUGCGAAAAUUGCCUGAAUACGAUUUCUUUUUCAAAAUUGCUAUAUCAAAGCAGAUUAUUGCAUCGCAGAAGGCUUGAAUUUUAGAAAAAUAAUACGUGCUUCAUUAGUAAUAAAAUUAAAAUUGCCAGAAUUAAAAUCAAAAUUACCAAGUACAUUUUCUUGUAAACUACAAAACACAACAAACAAUGUUGUCUCGUUUGGCCUGCCACGGUCGAAUUUUUGCUUCGACUUCGGUGAUUCAACCGGGCUUGCAAGCUUCACGACGCCCUCAACUGGUACGUUAUUAUGCUCGCGAUGUAAAAGGAGGUGCAAAUUGGACUGCACGUGCUGAGCGACAAACGCUUCGCGAGCGUGCUAUGGCCCCACCUGGACCCAAUGCAUACUCAAUUGGCAAAGGAGCCCUGGCUGGUGGUGCAGCUCUUGGUAUUGGUGCACUAUGUUUCUAUGGGCUCGGAAUGGGUACAGGGACUAGUACUUUGGAAAAUUCUCAUGUUUGGCCAGACUUUGUUCGUGAACGUAUCCGUGACACUUAUAUUUACUUUGGAAGUUCGUUAGCCAUAUCGGCUGCUAGUGCCAUGGCCGUAUUUCGCAAUCCGACAUUGCUUAACCUGGUUUCUAGAAAUGGUUGGAUGUCUGUACUCGGUACAUUUGCUGUAAUGAUUGGUUCUGGCAUGUUGGCACAAUCUAUUCCCUACAGUCCGGGCUUCGGAACUAAACAAUUGGCGUGGGCAGCGCAUUCCGCUAUUUUAGGAGCCGUAAUCGCUCCUAUUUGUUUUAUUGGUGGGCCAAUUCUAGUAAGAGCCGCUUGGUAUACAGCAGGAGUCGUAGGCGGAUUAUCAACGGUGGCUGUUUGUGCUCCAAGUGACAAAUUUCUCUACAUGGGAGGCCCACUGGCAAUUGGUUUGGGAGUAGUGUUCGCUUCGUCGAUGGCCUCUAUGUUCCUUCCUCCUACAACCGCACUCGGAGCUGGAAUAGCUUCUCUUUCGUUGUACGGAGGACUUCUAUUGUUCAGUGGAUUUCUCCUCUACGACACUCAGAAAAUCGUCAAAAGAGCAGAGCUUUAUCCUACAUACGCACCACGACCUUUCGACCCUGUCAACUCGGCUAUGUCGAUUUACAUGGAUACAAUGAAUAUAUUUAUUCGAAUUGCUACCAUAUUGGCCGGUGGUGGAGGUAAUCGCCGAAAGUAGAAAAGUCAAGUUUAUUAUGCAAGAGUUAUGUCGAGUUUGCGAAAUGUGGGAAUACCGUAUUGUUAUGUUAUUCCUGAGAAAGAAGAAAAAAUCUUAAAUAUUUAAAUUUGUAUUCAUGCUAAGUGAACAAAUGGUAUAGAUUAAAUAAACUGUUGUCCAAAAAAAAGAAGACUAU